UAACAACAACAUCAUCAGGUCAACUAAAAGCGUCGCAGUUAUUGUUAUCAGUAGCGGUAUUAUUGCCACCACCUCGAUAUAAUAUAUAUACAACCAGUAAUGAAAUCAUAAUUUGUUUAAUUGCACCGGGACUAAAAAAGACUACGUUAGAAAUAUUCGUCUAUGAUGCAAAAAAAAUUAUUAUAAAGUAUACUAAUUACAGAAUAGAAGGUGGUGAAAAGGUAAAGGAGGAUUUCGUCUUACCUUUAGGUGAGGAAAUGGCAUUUGCAAUAGAGAUUCCAGAAAAUAUUGAUCCCUUUGAAAAUGCGGAAGUGGAAAUACGUGGUGGAAUCGUGAAAAUAAAAGUUGCAAAAGCAACAAAUCCUUUAAAAAAAAUGAAAUUCAACUAUGUUUAA